UAUCAGCUGGAUAAUGAGGGGAGUAAGUGGGACCAUGCCGGCCACUUGGGUUGCGGUUCUUCUCAGUGUGAUGACUUCGGUGUGCGCAGUGGAAGAGACAGUGAUGGAUACAAGGACAGCGACAGCAGAGCUCGGCUGGAUAUCGUUCCCUGCCAAUGGAUGGGAGGAGGUGAGCGGCUAUGAUGAGAACCUCAACACCAUUAGGACGUACCAGGUGUGUAACGUGUUUGAACCCAGCCAGAACAACUGGCUCCUCACCACGUAUAUUGAUCGGCGGGCGGCGCAGCGCAUCUACGUGGAAAUCCGCUUUACGGUGCGUGACUGCGCCUCCAUCCCCAGCGUCCUGGGAUCCUGCAAAGAGACGUUCAACCUCUACUACCUGGAGACCGACAGGACGGUGUCUGAGGGCAUCAAAGGGGUGGAGUACUGGGCCAACGCCCCCUUUCUUAAGGUGGACACAAUUGCAGCAGAUGAGAGUUUCUCCCAGGUGGAUUUUGGGGGAAGGCUAAUGAAGGUGAAUACAGAGGUUCGGAGUUUCGGGCCACUCUCCAAAGGCAGAGGUUUCCAUUUGGCCUUUCAGGAUCUCGGGGCCUGCAUGUCCCUCUUGGCUGUCAGAGUAUUCUACAAGAAAUGCCCCAGUGUGGUGCAGAACUUUGCUUUCUUCCCUGAGACACUGACUGGAGCUGAGUCCACCUCAUUAGUCAUUGCCAGAGGAAGUUGUAUCCCCAAUGCUGAGGAAGUGGACGUGCCCAUAAAGCUCUACUGUAAUGGAGACGGGGAGUGGAUGGUCCCCAUCGGCAGCUGCAGCUGCAAGGCGGGUUAUGAGCCAGACAAUGGCAACCUGUGUCGAGCUUGUCCUCAGGGUACCUUUAAGUCGUCCCAGGGGGCAGGAUUAUGCCAGCAGUGUCCGCUCAACAGUCGUUCCACCAUCGAGGCCGCUACCCUCUGUGGAUGUCGGAACGGAUAUUACCGUGGCGACAUGGACAAACCAGAGGAUGUAUGCACCAGUGUUCCUUCAGCUCCUCGCAACCUGGUCUCAGUCGUCAACCAAACAUCGGUGCUGUUGGAGUGGCACCCGCCGCGUGACACCGGGCACCGUGACGACCUGUCCUAUAAUGUCAUCUGCCGCCGGUGCCACAGCAGCGAGCGCCGGGCGUGUCAGCCGUGCGACGACAGCGUGGCAUUUGUGCCAGGAAAACGUGGGUUAAAGGGCACGAGGGUGGAGAUCAGUAAGCUGAGGGCCCACACGUCAUACACCUUCGAUGUGCAGGCAGUCAAUGGGGUCUCCAACAAGAGCCCAUAUCCCGCCCAGCAACUGUCAAUCAACAUUACAACCAAUCAGGCCGCUCCCUCAGUAGUUCCCAUAAUGCACCAAGUGAGCUCAACGAGCCGCAGUUUCUCGUUGUCAUGGCCACCGCCCGAACAGCCCAACGGAAUUAUCCUAGACUACGAGAUACGAUUCUAUGACAAGUCUCAGUCGUCAAUGCUGAACAGUUCAGUGGUCCAGAGUGAGACUCCCAAUGUGGUUCUGGAGGGUCUGAGGCCCGGCACAGGUUACGUGGUCCAGGUGAGGGCGCGCACCGUGGCUGGGUAUGGAGCCUACAGCAAGGAGAUGCUCUUCCAAACACUCACGGACGAUGAGUAUAAAUCAGAACUGGGACAACAGCUUUCCCUGAUCGCGGGCUCAUUGGUUGGUGGAGUGUGCAUCGUCUCAUUGGUCGCUAUCGCCAUCAUUUGUACCAGGAGGAGGCAGUUGAAGGAGAGUGUAUAUGGUGAUAAACUGCAGCAGUACAACACAGGAGGAGAAGUGACUCUGAGGCCUGACAUGUUCAGCGGUCCGACCCCGACUGUGACCUUUCCCACUCUGUCUGAGGGUCACAGUUCACCGGGGGUCAAGAUCUACAUUGACCCUUUCACCUACGAGGACCCCAACGAAGCCGUCCGGGAAUUUGCCAAAGAAAUCGACCCCUCCUGUGUCAAAAUAGAGGAAGUCAUUGGAUCAGGUGAAUUUGGUGAAGUGUACAAAGGACGACUGAAGCCUGUGGGCAAAAAAGAAAUUCCUGUGGCCAUUAAGACGCUGAAGGUGGGCUACUCUGAGAGGCAGAGGAGGGACUUCCUGUCGGAGGCAUCCAUCAUGGGCCAGUUUGACCAGCCUAACAUCAUCAGGUUGGAGGGCGUGGUCACCAAGAGCAGACCCACCAUGAUCAUCACAGAGUUUAUGGAAAACGGUGCACUGGAUUCUUUUCUCAGGCAGAAUGAUGGGCAGUUCCCAGUGAUCCAGCUGGUUGGUAUGCUGAGGGGCAUCGCAUCUGGAAUGAGGUAUCUGGCAGAGAUGAGCUACGUCCACCGGGACUUGGCUGCUCGGAACAUCUUGGUUAAUAGUAACUUGGUGUGUAAGGUGUCUGACUUCGGCUUAUCGCGUUAUCUGGAGGAAGACACGUCUGACCCCACCUACACCAGCUCACUGGGUGGUAAAAUCCCAGUGCGGUGGACAGCUCCGGAGGCAAUCGCCUACAGGAAGUUUACAUCAGCUUCAGAUGUGUGGAGUUAUGGGAUUGUCACUUGGGAGGUGAUGUCAUACGGAGAGAGGCCUUACUGGGACAUGAGCAACCAAGAUGUGAUAAAUGCCAUAGAGCAGGACUUCAGGCUGCCAGCUCCCAUGGACUGUCCAGUAGUGCUGCACCAGCUGAUGCUAGACUGCUGGCAGAAAGACAGGAAUGCACGGCCAAAGUUCCCUGAUAUUGUCAGCAUGUUGGAUAAAAUGAUUCGCAACCCUGCAUCUCUUAAAGCUGGCACCAACAAUGUGGCUCCUGGUCCCUCCCAUCAUCCCUUGUUAGACCGUGGAGCUCCAGACCUGAGUAGAGUGAGCUCUGUGGAAGACUGGCUGGCUGCUCUGAAGAUGACCCAGUAUCGAGACUCUUUCCUCGGCUCAGGCUUUACCUCCUUGCCACUUGUUACACAAAUCACAGCCGAAGACCUACAGAGGAUCGGCGUGUCUCUUGCUGGACACCAGAAGAAAAUCUUGACCAGUGUCCAGUCAAUGAGGCACCACAAUGAUGACCAGUCUCCCACUGAGUCGGUGUAACCACACAUUAGAGUCACAUUAGAGUCAUACAGUAUGAGAUAUUCCACCAGUGUACAGUCUGUGGGAUGAAGAGGAAUGUCCACUUCUGAAGGCGGAUGACCUUUCUACUUUUGUUUUUCACACUUUAGUUUGCUGCUCUAGGAGACUCCAACCAUUUAAAGUGUCUAAAACAAUCACGGUGGUCCUGCAGUGUAAGUGUCUGCGUGGCUGCAACGCUCACCGGGUCUCUGUGAGUCGAUGCAUAGCUGUCUCUCAUGCCAUUCAGUUUCCCAAAUAGAUCUGAACUAAAUGUCCCCUGGACUGAAUUCAAUGCAUAGUGCAAGAGGUCAGUCAAGGCAGAUUGGAGAGUAAAUACAGCAAUCAGACUGACUGUGCAAGAUGAAAAACUGGAAAUAAUGUUUGUUUUUCUUUUAUGUGAUCUUACAGAGCUCAAGUGAGAAAAAAAAAAAACACUUUUCACAAAACUCUCUUUCAACAGUGAACCCUAAAGAGUGUUUUUUUUUUAAUCUGAGUGUGAUUCAAGGAUGAUAUGAGCCUUUUUCUAGUAAAAGGAUACAUCAAACAUACACAUACUACUGUAUAAAGGACACUUACAUGGAAGGACACAAUCUGACAAAAGGCUUCUAAUCCAUCAAGACCCACUGCAGGCCUUGUAACCAUCAGUAUGUUUUGUUGAGACGACUUCAGCGUGUUGGUGAAAAUUGCUACCAUUUAAAUUUAAACUAACGCCAACAGUUAAAUUGCACCUUCUUCAUAUUGAAGAGUCUGUACAUGUUAUGAUAUGGGAGGUUUUAUUUCCUAGUUACUCAUUGAAAAGUAAUUGUCACUGGAGUAUUUGUGAGUUCCUUAUGAUUAUCUUCCUCUCGAUGACUCAUGACUGGAACAAACUUUUGAAGUGCUGUGGAGUUUAGAGAAAAAAAAAAAAAAAAAAACAUAGAUAAAAUAGCUUUCAUAGUUGUAUUUUUUUGUACCCUCCUUGCAGCCUUGAAAAGACAUAUUCUUCAGUGCAGAGAUUUAGCAAAGCCUGGACGACUUAAAUACUCUGCCUAAUUCAGAGGCGUCCUAACAUGGAUAUUUUACAAUCACUAAAAGUGCUGUCUGGGUACAGCCAAUUACAGAUCAGGAAACGGGAACAAAAUCUGAUAAGGAAAGUAUUAUAGCAUAGCAGUGUAACCAGAGAAAAAAAGUUCCCUUCCCGGCUAGACAGCAAGGCAUCUAUGUUUGGAAGAAUAAAAGGGAAAGGCAGCUUAAGAGGCUAUGGGUAUUGAGUCAUUACCAGCUGCUAAGACGCACCUGUUGUGAAGGCACUGCUGUGGCCAGAAAAUCUCAAAAGACCGAAAAGGUAUUCUCAUCCAAUGUUCUUGUGAUUUGGCUGCAGACGCUGAGCUGCCUGCCAGUCAAGCAUUAAUAGAGCACAUGAACAAAACCAGAAUUCCACUGUGUUACGCUCAUGCACCAUCCACGCAUGAAACAAAUCUCAUUUCUGUGACACCGUUGUCAGAACUGUAUGGCUGCUUUCCAGAUGGUAAUCAUGGCUGUACAGCCGGCACGCAGGCAGGCAGGGUCCUUUUGUAUUAAGAAUUUUCCUUUGGCUGCUGGACAUGUCAUUGUUUUCAGAGUCUGUUAUGACACUCGCGUUUUCCCCGAUUGACAACACUGAUUAAUACUGUUGUGUCACUUUGCAGCGGAAAUGACAUGAAGUGCCCUAUCAGCGUUCUCAUCUGUGGACAGAAACCUUUUAAGUGCUCAGCCAUACAUAACACGCAUUUACAAGCAGCAAAGGUUGAUAUCUCGGACAUGCGGGGAAGAUUUAACGAGAAAAAAAAAAAAAAAAAUAGAUAAAUUGGGAGUGGAAACAGGAUUUUUCUGGUUUAUUGCUCAUGUUUUAGGACUUAAAUGUGAUGUUUGACUCGCUGUCUUCGCAUUGGAGCAACAUAUCAUAUCAAGAAGGCCUGAUCUGACUCGGAGGCACACUGGUGGAGGAGCACUGGGAGAUCGCUUUUAUCUGAGCGCUGAGCAGAUUACCAGCUGUGAAACAACAGCAGCCUCGCUCCGCCGUCAGCCCAAACCCCUGGUCAUGUGUGUGCAAGGAUUACUAGUUUGCCGCUUUGAUUGGAUGUGGUGAUUUUAUGUCUCAUCCGCUGUGAGUCGCACUCACAAUAGCAGAAGUGACAAUGUUUAGUUGGUUGUUUGUUUUUAACAUGUUUUACUGCUGCAUGACUCGGACGUGUCCUACAGAAUGCUGUGUUUGUGUUCGUCUCGCACCAACGCUCUUUACUGCUGGGGCGCCACAAAAGUCUUUUAUUUAUGAAAGUUGUGACAUUGAAAGGUUCACAUAACUAUUUGAAGCCUCCCAACGUUUCAUUUUCCACGUUUCACCAAAAACCCCACACGCCACCCGCGACCACAAUUGUAUUUGUUGCCCGGCAACGAUAGCUUAUUGAACAUUUUAUCAGGACGUAUUGAGAUCAACUGGGAGCUUCAGUCAGUGUUUCAGAGGCAUAAUUCGUUGUAAAUAGAUGCCUCUGGAAAAACGGUUGCAGCGUUGGCUUCGGGGUUUAAUAAAGAGUGAGACAAGUGCGUCUAAAAGCUCAUAUUGAACGCCACUUUAAAAAAAAAUGGCACUCUGAAGAAAUGAAAGCUAUCAACACAGGCAGGCAUCUUAAUACAUUAUGUAACAUUUGAGCUAUGUGUGAUGUGUCUAUCUAUGCUUCAUUUUUCUUUUCUUCUGGUGUUUAACAAGGUUAGAUGUGAGCUUUCAGAGAAUGUCAGCAAUUUCACAUGUUACUGUGUCAGUGUUUGUGAAAAGACAAUGAAGGCAAAUAAUCUACAACACAUCUUGUAUUUAAAUAAACGGCAUGUUUUGGUCAGAGCACAAAGAGAAUACUCAGGAACAAGGCAGAUUUGACUUUGAAUAGUGCACACUAAUGCAUAAAAUGAGAUAUUUUGUAGGGUAAUUGUGUUGUAUAUACAGAGAUUAAUCCAAAAUGAAGUGCUUUUAAGGGUUUGUUGAGAAGAUGUUACUUUAUUGAUGUGCUUAUUAAAAGCUAAAUCCACCCUACAUCGAUGCCCUUGAUGAGAGAAAUAUUAAUAAAGACUUUUCUUUUUGUGCACAUUUUAAACAAGAAAAUAAACAUUCGGUUUUAGCCGAUGAAUAGAAGCCAAACCUAAUAGAUUAUGUGAUUAAUGGCUGGGUAAUUCAAGGGUACAUCGUGAUUGUUAGUUAUUUUUACUGGGAGUGUGAAGCUUUGGCUCAAGGUUUCUUCAAUACUUUUACUUUAUUUAUUCAGUCACUAUAUUUCCAAUGAAUGUUCUCGCUUCUAUGUAUUAGCCUGUUUCAGGAUUUUGAGAUCAAAGUAAACAAAAUUAUGACAUUUUCUUGCAAAAACAGAUGAAUAAUUCAUUUAUAAAGCAACUUUUGAAAUGUUCAACAAGGAUACCUUUAAGGUUUUCUUGCAUGAAGGAAAGCUCAACCACUGAAUAACCUGUUUGACAUUAUGUUUUACAAAGUUUAGGAUGUAGUUUUGCUUUUACUAAACAUGCUCAGUGGUACUGAGAUACUCAUGCUAGAAAUCUCAGUGGCUGGCAUGUUAUCAAACACUAUAUUAAUCUGUGAACACUGGUGCAUAUGAUAACCUCUUUCUUUUUGUAAAAUUCAACAUAUUAUGCAGCUGCAAUGCAUACUUGUCCUCUGGGAUCACUGCUGAUGGAGACAUCCAUGUAUUUCUGCCUGUUCAUCAUUGAAUAGAGGGGGACAAAUGGCAGAUGCAGACAAAAGCCCUCGCUCUUUGAGACCAACAUCAAACCUGACAUUUACUGCAGAUAUUUUAGAUAGAAAACUCAAUUCAGACUGAGCUGUGACUGUGCUGGAAAUAUAUCUACAUUAUAUGGCAGUGUAUUCGGCCAAUUAACACAGAAAUAGCAAAAAGUGGCACAAAAAAAACAACAGAUGAAAACAAGCACAAAUUCAAAGUGCAUCCCCAGCAAAUGCUUAAGGGUGGAUUUAUCUUUUAAUGGCUGAUUCUUUAUGGGAGCUUUUCUCCUUUCUUGUUGCUCUGCUGUAAUAGAUACUGUAGGUGAGGCUGAAGAUGAGAGAAGACGACUUAUGAAAAGGAGUAAAACUGAAAGGGAAUAUGUAACAGAAGGGGCAAAAGGAGAAGGAAAGGAUAACAGAAGAAGGGGGGAAAAAAAAGGGAGAAAUGGAGGCGAGAGGCAAAGCUCGGCUCUCAUGUUUGAAUAAAAAUGAGGCUUGGUGUGGAGAGAUUACUCUUUCUCUUUUUGUCUGUCUCUCCCUGCCUCCCUGCCUCUCUGACUCUACUCAGCUGCCCUCUUUCUUUUCCUAAUGCCCACAACCACUCUGUACUAGUCGCUCUGCAUUUUCUCUGUCUGCUUUGACAAGACAGUUUGAAGGCAAGCAAUCACUCUUCUCUAAGAUGCACUUUUCUCACAAACACUUUGUACUGGCAUCUCUUAGGGAUGUGAUAGUAAGCAUUACAUUAAUAUAUAUAUAUAUAAAAAACAACCUUGUGGUUUUUUUGUUGUGGGUUUGAGGAAGAGCUUUUAUCCCAAAACUGUGAAACUGAAGGUUUUCUCUGUCCAAAUAUUUAAUAUUUGCUUUUAAACUGAAACACAAAGAAGUUGAACUCACAUUUUAAUCUCAUCUCUUCCAUCAUCGCCAGUGUUUCAUCAAAUAAACAGAAACGAAAACAGUCUGUUCACUCAAGACAUGCACAAACAAGUGUUUUUUUCUUCUGUUAAUUUGUUUUUUAUAUUGCUUGCCAUACUUUUCAGUAUGUACGUAAUGUAUGUUUUCUCUUAAAAGAAAAAAAAGCAACAGCUAAAUAAUCAGCUGCCUUUCUCUGUUUACCUAAAAUACUGUUAUAGGUGUUACUGCUCAUAUAGUCCGAGCAUCCCACUGUAAUGUAUUAUAAAAACUGUAAUAUAAUGUGAAUACGAGCACGCUUGUGCAUCUCCGUGUGUGUGCGGGUGUGUGUAAUAUGACGUACGUAUGUGUUUAGUGUACAGUGAAAUGUUUGUACAUUGUGUGUGUGUGAGUUUGUAGCUGUUACUUUCUGAAUCUUACAUUUACAAUGCACUGUUUGUCAAUAAAGAGGACAAAUCGAA